CUCUCUCCUCUAUCAUCUUCCAAUCUCUCUCUCUCUAAUAAUUCCGGCUACUUCCCUUGUCAGAUUCCGGCCGACCCCUUUCUUUCCCUUUAUAUAUACCCAACUCUCACCCUCCCCUUUAGUACUCUUUACAUUUCAUUUUUUCACUCUCUCUCUCUCUCACACACACACACAAUAACACUCUUUGUCAGUCUCACUCUCGAACACAGCAACCGCUCUACACAAUCACCCACCAGCUUCAUUAUCAUCACUGACUGAAUAUACAUGUACUUUCAUGCGGACCCUUUGCGACCAAACUGUAGGCACGUACCAUUUUUAACAGCGCAACCUCGUUUUUAUUGAUAUAAACUAGCUUGAGUUUAAUCCAACAACACCUCUCAAGUUUUGUGAUCGAUCUCUGCUGAGUUCAGUUGUGGGCAGAACUCCAGAAACUUUGUUCCCUGAUCCAUGAACAGAGCGCUGCCGGAGAUGUUGAACUGUAUGAAUGCGGUGGGAAGCCUCGUGGCCGGAAACUGUACGGACAUGACGGUGCUGGACAGACAGAGGGCUUUGAUGAAGUGGCAGCAAGACCAGUUCCAGCAGCAGCAGCCGCAGCAAGGCUAUUUUGGCGGGAACGAGCUCAAUGGGGUGUUCACUCACGUGCCGGUUCAGGCGAGCCAGGUUCAGAGUUUCCAGGGUUUGAUCGGGCUCGGCGGUGACUUAAUGAUGGGGCAGGCAGUGAAACCCGACCCGAGUUCAGAAAAUGGGUGGAACGAAUUGGGUUAUGGGUCUUGUGGGUUUGAGAUGAAUAUUUCCAGAACUUUCAGCUGCCCGCCCAAAGUUGCCGCCGAUACAAAAAGCAACAGCGCCGUUGCGUCUCCCAAGAUCAGCUCACCGGCCGGCAAAGAAAGCUUUAAGAAGAGAAAAGCCGACAAGGCACAAAAUAAGGCUGCAGCAGAAGAUGAUUCCUCGGACAAAAGAAUGAAAGGGUGUGCAGAGGAGGGUGACUCCAAGAUCACUGAACAAAAUAGCACCAAGAACAACGACAGAGAAUCUUCCGCUGAUACUUCCAAGGAGAAUUCAAAAGCUUCCGAGGUUCAGAAGCCCGAUUACAUACAUGUCCGGGCACGCCGGGGUCAGGCCACUGAUAGCCACAGCUUGGCUGAAAGAGUGAGGAGGGAAAAGAUUAGUGAAAGGAUGAAGUAUCUGCAAGAUUUAGUACCAGGGUGCAACAAGAUCACUGGCAAGGCUGGUAUGCUAGACGAAAUCAUCAACUAUGUUCAGUCCCUUCAACGACAAGUAGAGUUCCUGUCUAUGAAACUAGCUGCUGUAAAUCCGAGGCUUGAUUUCAACAUCGACGACUUGUUUACAAAAGAGAUGUUUCCGGCAAACAUGGCUAAUUUUCCGACAAUAGGGAUGUCAUCAGAUAUGACUAGUUCUGCAUAUCUUCAGUUUAACCACGUACAGCAAUUGCUUCAAUGUUCCGGAUUGGAGAGUGGGAUAGCUUCCCCUGAUUCGGCACUGCUUCGAAGAAGCAUGAGCACUCCUGUAUCAAUCCCUGAAACAUAUAUUGACACAUCUUGCUUCACGCAAGUCCAACCUCCUACAACUUGGGACGCCGAUAUGCAAAACCUAUUCAAUGUGGAAUUUCAUCAAGGAAGAACAGCACCAUUUACAGGUUCCAUUGAAGCUAGCAAUUUAAAGAUGGAGAUGUGAAACAAACAUUGAUCAAUCAUUUGAUGAUUCUUGGAAGAGUUUACUUAUUGCCUCCGAUCCACAUUAUUUUUGUUACUCCCUUAAGUACAUAACAUAUUUAUGUUUGUAUGUAUACCUACAACAUAGUAUCAAUAAAAUAAAUUCCUCCUAUUAAACCAUUAAGACCUUCCAUUCUCCAUUUUACUAAAACAUCAAUCUAACAGAAUCUGCAAGGAUGGUUGAUGGCAAAAGGAAAAUGGAACCCAGCAGUGUUUCCGACAAGAGUUGGAGAAAAGAUGUAGGAGACAAAAUUUACCAUCCAUAUCAAGUAAAAGCUAUGCAACAGUGAGUUUGUUAAGCAAGUCACAAUUGUGAAGCAAAUAGCUGUAAUUUAGUGAUGGAAUGCAGCUAUGCAAAGUUGUCCCUAUGAUAGAUGAAUAUGAGAGACGAGUUCAAGCAGUGGGCAUGAGCCUACCGGUGGACCUUCUCAGCCCCCUUUUUAGAGGAAUAAUAAUAUUUGAUGAUAGAGACCCUGAUAAUUUAAGCAAACAGAGUGAUGAAGAGGGUGUGACGGCA